AUGGCCACCGUUCCGUUCUGUCAUAACCCGUUAACGUUUCAUGCACCCGAAACGUUUCGGUUUCUGUCCGAUUCGAAUUCUCUUUACGAGUCUUUUUCCAGCAAAACCCACUUCUCGGUUUCUUCUGUUUCGUUCCCAAACCAGCUUAACAUCUUCAACCCACCAUGUCAUACCAAUGUUUCGGCUGAAAUCCCGAUUUGUGGUGUCAGUGGUAAAGAAUCGGAGUCCCAAACCGGAACUCCUCCGGUUCUUGACGGAAUCGCGGCCGUUGUCGGCCAACAUGUCCUCUAUGGAAGCCAAAAGACUUGUAACGUCCCAACCAAAGGCGAAACGACACAAAUUCCGGAAUUCGGUUACUGUUCGGAGCGUAUCGGUUCAGCCGAAACUUCCAAAAAAGAUGCCGACAACAAGAAAGGUAUUGGAAACCUUUCGGUGCAAAAGAACUACAGGGGAGUGAGGAAGCGUCCAUGGGGAAGGUGGUCGGCGGAGAUAAGAGACCGAAUCGGGAGGUGCCGGCACUGGCUGGGAACGUUCGACACGGCGGAGGAGGCGGCGCGUGCUUACGACGCGGCAGCGAGGAGGCUGAGAGGUGCAAAGGCUCGGACCAACUUUGAAAUCCCAUCAGUGUUUCCGCUCUCCUCACCUUGCUCAUCAUCUUCUUCUUCAGACGCAAAGAGAGUGAUUAGGGGUAAAAAUAAUAUUAAGGGUUUGAAAAGCAAGAGAAAAUGUUCAGUGGUGACUUGUGUGGCUCAUUUGUUUAGUGAGGCUCCAACCCAUCUUAGAAGCCAAGUUAUGGAGAUCAAAGAAAAUGUGGAGCUUGAUUUGAAGCUGGGAGUGAGUGAUAUUGGUAAAACAACCCCAUAA